GUCACCCUCCAAACCCUCCUAAGCCAGGCCCAAUAAAUGCACCGUGACUCCGUAAGAGGUCUAAUAUUAAAUCUGGCCAUGCUUUGAUAUAUUUUGAGUGGACUUUGAUUUACGCGCUUCAGUGUUUUUGAGGGAGCAAAGUUGUGGCAAACAUCUCCAACAGCCCCUUAGACACGGCCAAUUGCCCUUCCAAGCGAUGACCAAUUAUUAGCUACUACUUCAUCCAACGUUUUGGCGGUCAGCCAGUGGUGUUGCUUGGUCGGUUUUCAUAUCUUCCAGCAAUCCAGGUCUGGCCCGUCUUGACACUUGUCUUAUCAUGAGGAUGAGUCUUGGCUCCUGCAUCAUCCUUAAUGACCUCCACGAUGGUCGUGACCUCGUAUCAUCUUCAGGAGAAGAAACGCCAGUAGCCAGUCGUCUUGAACUUGAACAUCAACCCACCGAGAUGUAACAAGACGUGCAUGGUUUGUAAAUCUGGAUCUGCAACAUAUUUCAAGUUUAUGAAUGAUUAGACAGCUCAUCCGUCAUGAAGUCGGGAAGAAGAGAUUCUCAUCUCACAGGAGCACAGGUGAUCCGCGUGAUGAUCCACGCUUCACUUCAGCACCAACAGGACAAGAAGAAGAAGAAGAAGAAGAAGAAGGCAUUUCAUACAUUCCACCCCAUUUGGCGAUUGAUCUAUCAGGCAACAAUGCCGUCAGGUCUACUUUGACGGGAUCCAGUUCAACAAAACCAUCUGAUGGAAGAAUGGAAGAACCAAAUUCGUCCAUGGAGCCAAAUCGAAGAAUUCGGCCCUUCAAGCCCAAGUAUUUACUCAAAAAGCUUGAUGGGCUGUCCAAAAAGAAUUGCUUUCAAAGUCCACCGUCGUACAGGAUAUUAUUGUGAAGGCCCAGCCCAUUGUUUGGAGGAGGGCACAUAUGGUGUUUAAACAAAGAAGACAGGAGUCGACCAGUUCUGGAUUUCUGACCAACUGUCAUGAAAGGCGUAUGAGUGACUGAAUCGUCUUCCUCUCGAAUUAUCAAGCCCAUCAAUCAACGUGGCCAUGUCAUAAUGUGUCGAUCUAAAUUCCAGAUCUGCUGUUUUCGGGGAUGGGUUUUCUAAAUUCUUGGAUUCUACCCACUGUCCCUUAGAGUUGUUCCAAUUCCCCACCUGAUGCGUCGUAGCGAUUCCGACUCAGAAUUGGGCUCUCAAGACCCUCUGCUGGAAUGGAUUCCCACUUUUCUUGGUUGUCUGAUAAGAAAUCACACAGAUUCUCACACUUGUCCAUCACUUCCUGAAGCUCUCGUUUAGUUGAGUGGAAAAAGAUAGUGACUGUGAAAAAUCAGAGCAUUUCAAACGAGUGGAGGUCAUCUUCAAAGAGCAACAGAUCGCCGGUUUCUCAUUGGAUUAGUUUGUCCUUGAGCAGCAAUUGAGAGUAAAUUGAUCAGCAAAUUCUUGGGGCUGCCCUUCCUGGUAGAUCCCAUUGAGACGAGUUCAUUUCUUACCUCUUAGCGUCGCCAUUCUUCUCCCGAAGAACAACCAAAGACGACCGUAUCAAGAUCAAUAUGAAGACCUUGGUAGAUUCAAUCAAUGGGUCUGGAUGAUCUUCCCUCCCCCCCCCUUCCAAUGCUCCCAUUAUCGGAUUCAAACAGAUUCAAGUGGUGAUCGUGGGCAAUGGAGCCGUGGGUAAAUCCAGCAUGAUUCAGCGCUAUUGUCGAGGCGUCUUCACCAAAGGUUACAAAAAGACCAUCGGCGUCGACUUCCUGGAGAAACCGCUCAGGAUCUUGAGCCAAGAUGUGCGACUGAUGUUGUGGGACACAGCGGGUCAAGAAGAGUUUGACGCCAUCACCAAGGCCUACUACCGUGGAGCCCAAGCGUGUGUGGUGGCCUUCUCCACCACAGAUCGGGCCUCGUUUCAGGCCGUCAAGAAAUGGCGGAAAAAAGUGGAGGACGAGUGUGGCGGAUCCUCAAUUCCCAUGGUUUUGGUCCAGAACAAGAUUGACUUGAUGCACCAAUCAGCAGUGACCAACGAGGAGGUGGAGGCACUGGCCCAAGAAUGCAAUAUGAGGAUCUACCGGACCUCGGUCAAAGAGGACAUCAACAUUUGCAACGUGUUCCAGCACCUGGCCGAGAACUAUGUCAACCAAAUCCGAAGCUCGGUGUUCCUCCACAAUCGGUUCCCGCUUCACCCGGCCCAUUUGUCCCAUUCCACGUCUCUCAUUCAAAUUGGUGGAGGUUUGGCAGCGAGAAAGCAUCCAUUCAGUACCGCCUCUCUGCAGCACGAGGAGCAGGCAGACCAUCAAAAAGGCGUGCGGAGCAAAGGGCGCUAUGCCACGCCACAAGAGUAUUUGAAUAACCCCAUGUUCAACAGUUUGAACAAAAGGAGCAACCAUUGGUUGCUCAACGACAAGACCAUCACCCUCAAGCCAUUGAACACUCUGAAGAAGCGAAACAUGCACAAGAAAUUGCCCAUUAAAACAGGAUGCCGGGUCCUCUAAACCCGUUCCAAACCAACGGCGAGUUCUUCUCCAACGGACAGGGUGGCCAUAUUUGAAAGAAAUAUUUGUAUUGAACUGUGAUCUAGUCAGACCUUUGAGUGUAUCUACUACUACUACUACUACCUUCCCUACCUACGUUGAUUGUUGGAUUUCGUUGUGCCCGCGGGCAAAUGCAUGCAAGGAGAGGAGUGCAACAGUCCGUGUUCAUCAAUCUUUCCUUGAGAAAAUAAAUUUGAUUUUCGUCUGUCAGCCAUCA